AUGAUUGGUCUUAGAAGAUUGACAUCGGUUGUUCGUCCUGUGGGUUCCCGGAUUGUCAAAACAGGUGUGUGCAAACCUUUUUAUAGUCUCAGCAGAGUCAACUUGUACUCCACUAAAACUGUCCAAUUGACGGCUGACACUUACAAGGACAAAGUGAGUAGAUCUCCAGACUUCAAAAAGUUGGAAGUCGCCGAUAUCGACUAUUUCAAGAGCGUGUUGAACGAUUCCAACAGUAUACUCACGGAUGAAGACGACUUACUGUUUUACAAUGAAGAUUGGAUGAGAAAGUACAGAGGUCAAUCCAAACUUGUAUUAAAACCCAGAAAUGCUGAACAGGUGAGCCAAAUCUUGAAAUACUGUAAUGAGAAGAAGUUGGCCGUUGUUCCCCAAGGUGGAAACACCGGUUUAGUGGGAGGUUCUAUUCCUAUCUUUGAUGAGAUUAUUAUUUCUGUGGCCAGCAUAAACAAAAUUAGACACUUUGACAAUGUUAGUGGGAUAUUGAAAUGUGAUGCCGGUGUGAUUUUAGAGAACGCAGACAAUUAUUUGGGACAACAAGGAUACAUUUUCCCUCUUGAUUUAGGAGCUAAAGGGUCUUGUCAUGUGGGAGGAGUUGUUGCUACCAACGCGGGAGGUUUGAGAUUAUUGAGAUAUGGUUCUCUUCACGGGAGCGUUUUGGGAUUGGAAGUGGUUUUGCCAGAUGGUACCAUCUAUAACUCAAUGAACUCCUUGAGAAAGGACAACACUGGUUUCGACUUGAAACAAUUAUUUAUUGGUUCCGAAGGAUCUAUUGGAAUAAUCACCGGAGUUUCUAUCUUAUGUCCUUCCAGACCUAACUCGUUCAACGUUGCUUUAUUGGGAGUGUCAAGCUAUGAAACUGUCCAAAAGGUGUUUGUGGAGACUAGAAAGGAGUUGGGAGAGAUUUUGUCUGCCUUCGAGUUCAUGGAUGGAAAGUCCCAAAUCUUGACCGGAAGAUACUUAAAAUUGGACCACCCAAUCGAGAGUGCUGAAUUCCCAUUUUACAUUCUCAUUGAGACUAGUGGUUCCAAUAAGGAGCAUGAUGACGAAAAAUUGGAAACUUUCUUGGGUAAUCAGAUGGAAAAUGGAUUGGUUGAAGAUGGUAUCAUUGCCCAGGAUGAAGCUCAGGUAAAGAGUUUGUGGAGCUGGAGAGAAUCACUUCCUGAAGCCAGUAAUUCUGCUGGAGGAGUGUAUAAGUACGACGUUUCAUUGCCUUUGAGUGACUUAUACGGUUUAGUCGAUGCUGCUGGUGAAAAGUUGGCUGAAGCUGGUUUGGUAGAUAUGGACGAUGAAUCGAAACCAGUGGUGGGGGCUGUUGGAUAUGGACACGUUGGAGACGGAAACUUGCACUUGAAUGUGUGUGUUAGAGAAUAUUCCAAGAAGGUCGAGGAGGUAUUAGAGCCUUUUGUAUACGAAUGGAUUCAACAACACAAGGGUUCUAUUUCUGCUGAACAUGGUUUGGGUUUUCAAAAGAAGAAUUACAUUGGAUACACCAAGAAUGAAAAUGAAAUCAAAUUAAUGAAACAAUUGAAGGCCCACUAUGAUCCAAACGGUAUUAUGAAUCCAUACAAGUACAUAUAA